GUAUUUUAGUCGAGCCGAGUUGCGAAGGGAGUUGCGGUUCAUCCUAGCGUGUCGUCCUCCUCGCCGCCGCCGUCGUUGUUGUCGUCGUUGUCUCCGUCGUCUUUAUCGCGAUCGCAGUCGGGGUACCGUCCCGCGGUGUCGCUUGGCCAUUUGGACAAAACGAAAGGCGGCCCUACGAACCCCGCUGCGUCGCCCUGCUCCCUUGCUGGUCGCCGCAAAAGUCGCGACUGUGUCGCAUUUGCCUCGCGGAUAAGCCAGAUCGGCGGACAGGUGGCGCUACUUGUGUUACGGGAUAAACGAGAAGCGCGGAACGAUCGAUGGAAAAAUCGAUCGACGGAUAAUCGAAGCCGUUUAAUCGGGAAUGCCAAACGAUCCUGUGAAUAAUAAAUCGUUAUCGUUAUAUCUAUAAUCAUUUUGUGACAUCGAAUUGGCAUCCUUUACUACGUCGUAAACGGUGGACACUUGGAAACGUCAAAUUACUUUGAAUUUCCUACGCCGACCAGCUGCUCCAUCUGUACGCGGGAGCUUUCGUUCUUGGCGGGAUUUUUAAAAAGAAAAAUUAACCCACCUUCGUAAUUCGUCCCUGACGUCAUACCCCUGACCUGGGUCAACGUGACGGGGGGUGCUAUUCGUAUUGUUCGAAUAUACGUGAGACACCACGUACCCCAGUGAGACUUGGACUGUCGGGGAGGGUCUUUUGACUUUGCACUUUGCCGAAGCAGCCCGGAUCAAUCGACCGAGUGCUCGAUAACGGCGUCGCCUCCCUGUCAUCGGAGUGUUCCAGGAGCGUCUCGGCGGUGCGCGUCGCGCCGAGGUGCCUGCGCUCCCUCGCGACAUUUAAUAUUCUCGGCGUUGCUCUGCCCGAGCGGCCGUUGUGCAAGAUAUUCGGAAAUAGCCGGGUCGCAGUAAUGAAUUGAUAGCGAACACAUGGUGGACACAUGAUACCAAAGCCUUUGGAGGGCCAGCCGUGUCGUCUUGAUGCGGCCUGCUGCCGCUGUCUUUACUACCGAUGCUGGUGCCGUUACUGCUGCAGCCUUAGCUGUGGCUGUCGAGGCUUAGCAUGGGAUAAAGUCUUGGCGAGCACCUUCGGUGCCAUCUGAACGCAAUUUCGACCUCGGGACGUUAAUUGGCUUUGAAGGACUUUAAAAGGGAGAAGCUCCCUUCCGGAGAAGACCUCCGUCCUCUGCUACCUCGUCCUGUCGCGCCUCGCGACCGCCUCGUGUUUCUUAACGCGAAUGCUGCGCUUCCUCGCUAUCGGGCAGCUGAACUGGAUUUGACUCUGGAUUUGCAUUACGAUCCAACUUCUUGGUAGACACGUGUUAAAAUACCUACCCAUGUGCUCGCGGUCACCCGUCACCUCGUCAACUGUCAACUGACCCAAGGAACGUAAACACGACCAAGGGACGCGGGUCCUGCGGAUCGCCGGGAUGACCGGAGGACUCGACUGAACUGUCACUGGUCCCACCGCUGGCGUCUGCUCGUGAAAGGGGCUAACGUGGAUUCGUAUAUGAACGCCAAGUGCUCGAGGACGUCACUAAUGUUUGUCGAUUACGGGAGCGGCGAUCACACCGGAAUGGGAAUCAAAGCCAUGAAGUCCUUUGGCAGGUCCAGAGAUAUUCCGGCCCAAGUGCCGCCGCUUACGCCUGGGACCAACAAAAAGAUGACCGAGGCCCUCAAGGCCUCGUUUGCCUCCUGGGAAAAAGAACAAAUCCGUCUCAACAUAACCAAAGACCCGAGGCAAUGGUCGGAGACAGCUGUGGCGCACUGGCUGCACUGGGCCAUCAGGGAAUUUUCGCUGGAGGGUAUUGCCAUGCAGCCCUGGCAACACAUGACGGGCAAGCAGAUUUGCGCCAUGGGUAAGGAAUCCUUCCUGGCGCGUGUUCCUGCCUUCAUGGGAGACAUUCUCUGGGAACACCUGGAGAUCCUGCAGAAAGACGUGGACGUCGAGAAGGCCUCCCUGGAGAACGUACCGGCAAACCUCUACGAGAGCGUCUGCGUGCCCGACCUCGGUGAGUUUCUGGGUUACCAGCCCGUGGGGAACGUGUCCACCCCGGAGCACAAGAGUCCAGGUACCCCAGCAAGCUCAACCACUUCGACGUCAUCAGGGCCAAGAAGCACAGCGACCCAGGCACCGAUUCCCUCAUCCGCACCGGUCAUUCCUCUGCCUCCAAGGCAUUACCACAAUGAAGGAGGGUACAACCAUCUACGCAGCCCCGUGUGUCAGGAUGACAGCCAGAGGGACGAGACCUCACCGCCACCUCAUAAUCACACGACUCAGCCACCAAAUUCCCAUUCUACCACGCAGAAUAAUAACAACAAUAAUAACAAUAAUGCCUACAUUCACUUACGAAAUCUGAAUCAGCUCAAGACAGAAACGAACUACACUAAUCACAUAACGACGGAUCAUCUGCAAGGAGGUGGUGGCGGAGGCGGUGGCGGUGGCGGCGGCGGUAGUAGCAGUCUGGGUAGCAACAGUGACCUGGUGACAGGAGGCUCAGGACCCAACGAAGGUGAUCUUCGGGUCAGUGCAGCUGCUACUGAAAGUUACAUGACCCCAGCACACUAUUCCGGCUAUGACGAGACAUCCGAGUAUCACAGCUUACCACAGGACCAUCAGACACCUCAUCCUUACAAUCUGGAUGGCUCCCCCGAGUUCUAUGGAGCUAGUGGCAUUCAUCUCGAGACGAAGUACCAGCCACCACCUUUUAAAAAUUAUUCACGAGGUCGCUACCACGAGGGAUACAGCGAGGGUGGUUAUGGUCAGUACGAUGCGACACCCUUCCAAACAGUCCCAGGAAGCGGAAAUGGUACUGGUACCGGUGUUGGCGGUGAUCAGUGGGGUGUUGGACCACUUGGUGAACAUCUCUCGCAUCAUCCAGCAUUCCUUGCUGGUCUUGGACCACGAGAUUCCUCGAAUCCUCAUCAUCCAUCGUCCAUUGUUAACAAUCCUGAUCAGAAGCCACUACUCCAGAACGCUAUGCUCGCCGGUUACACGGGUGGCGGUCCCUGCUUCACUGGAUCGGGCCCCAUUCAGCUCUGGCAGUUCCUUCUGGAACUACUCACAGACAAAACUUGUCAAGGAUUCAUAUCGUGGACAGGCGAUGGCUGGGAGUUCAAACUUACCGAUCCUGAUGAAGUUGCACGUCGUUGGGGCAUCCGUAAGAACAAGCCGAAGAUGAACUACGAGAAGCUCAGUCGUGGUCUACGUUAUUAUUACGACAAGAAUAUUAUACACAAGACCGCCGGCAAGCGAUACGUUUAUCGCUUCGUGUGCGAUUUACAGAGCCUCCUGGGAUACAGCCCGGAGGAGUUGCACGCAAUGGUGGACUUGAAGCCUGAGAAGAAAGAAGAAGACUGAGUUUUCGUCGUGGGACGUGCUUGGGACCGCGUCACUUGAUAAACGAAUAUAUUCAUCAAUUCUUCAGUAAUGAACAAUGAACAAAUGGAAACUAAAGGAAAAUAUAAAACAUGAAAAUAUUAAACGGAUAUAAUUAAAGAAAAAAAAAAAAUGGAUACCAGCAAGUAACGUAAUACGAAGAUAACCGAAUGAGUUGUAGAGAUGAUGCACUAUUGAAAUGUAGAGAAGACUACUUCCAUGUCUCCUUCAUUAAAAUGUAAUGAAAUCGAAUCGGUCGUAUGUACCAAAGACAGGGUCCGCAUACCAUUGGUGCCUAAAGUAAAUAACUAAAUUGUGAAUUUGUUUUUAAGUGAUUAAUUUUUGCCACACAAGAUUUUAGAGGAUAUUUAUAGAAGUAACUCGACAAUUUAUACAUAUUAUAUAUAUAUUAUACAUAUAUAUUUUUAAUGUUACGUGAUUUCUAAACACUGUGGCAUCAAUUCAUCGAUGAUGCAUCUAAAUUAUUUAUGUCCCAUCAUUUUAACAUGUGUGUUAUAUCUCGUUGAUAGAUGACACGAUAUGUGAUUGUUAUUAUUCUAAUUUUACUACAAUAAAUCAUUAUGCCUACGCCACGAAUUUCUUAUGCCGAGGCCAUUUAUUACCAGAUGGUCCUGAGCCUUUAUUGUAAGUACAACACUUAGGUAUCCCUCCUUCAGCCAUUUUCAAUAUUCGUUAGCUGUACUCGUAUUUUCGUUAACACCACAAAUAACAAUUAUCAGUCAAUCGUUCGGAGUUUCUCAAUGAGAAGAGAGUUACACGUACGCUGGGCUUUGUAUAUAGAAAUAAACAAUUCUGAUUAUAUUGUAAAUUAAUAAAUGUCGACCUUCGUUUUAAAAUGA